ACUCGAUACCUUUGGACACCAUUCGUUAUAGCUGCAAUCAGACGGCAGGCAUUCAUUUGAAUAUUAGCAUCCUGUUUUUCGAAUUUUAUUUUGAAUAAUUAAACCAAUAACUAAAACGUAUUUAUCAUUUAUAAUUUUAUAACUUUCUAGUAUUUCUCAUUAAAAACAAAUAAACACAAUCCUGGACCAAAAUUAUUGUGUUACUGAAAGAUGUUUUAUGGUUAAAAACCCAUCCUCACAAACGUCUUUUUGUCUUUUCAUGUGAGUCAUGUUGUCUAAAAUGUACAUUUUCAGAAUUUGAACAGAAGUAAAUCAAAUGAAGACUUUGUUUGAUAUGUUACAAGGACAGCUGAAAUGAUACGUGACAAAACUUGUCAAUUUUAUGUUUUUGUUUUUAAGGCUCUUCAAGUUCGUAUCUGAUGUGGUCUUUGAACUGUUUUGACCCGAGCGCCACUGACGAGUCCUAUUAAAGAUGACGAAACGCGCGUCUGGCGUACUAAAUUAUAAGCCUGAUUUCUGUGAUGAGAUUUUAUGAUCCACUGUAGUAUAUGUUGACGUUUCUUCUCCGAGAUAAUCACCAAUCCAAAAGUCAGCACUUUUCUGUUGACAUGAAAUAUCAUUGAUACGUUAAUUUUUCUGCAGAUUUACAGUUGAAUUAUUAAAAUAACAAGAUCUUCUAUCCCAGACGUAGACAACCUGAGCCGUAUUUGGCACAACUUUUUGAAAGUUAUGGUCAUUUAAUUUUUUUCCACUUCUCGUUUGAUUUAGCUUAGUUGGGCAGCUUACCACAAAAAUCAUGCAAAUGGUGAUACAAGCAUGAAACUUUGUAAGAACAUGCCUUUAGGUGUAUGUAAUCAUAUUAAUGGGUAGUCACGAAAAAAUCCAUCCGAUCAUGGCGGCCAUCUUGGAUUUUUACAAUGACGUCUAUCCAGGGAAAUGGCAUCAAAUGUAUGAUCCCUUUUGCUUGUAUUGUAUCCAAAAUGUUACAAGAUGGAGUAAAUGAAGAUAAAACAUCACUUCCGGUCAUAUAUCGGUCGAUAGCUCACUUCUGGUUUUAUAAAUAUCCCGAAUAUGACUGUUUUAUAACCCGAAUAAUGUCAGUCGUUAUAUUCCGCCGAUCUCCGACUAAUCUCCGAUUGCUACAUUAGCUGUCCAACUGUUUAGAUUCCAGCGCCACUGAUAGAUUGCUUGACCAAUCAUAAUCCUAUAUGUAAUUUUGAUGAUUUUUACAACCGCUGGAAAGAUUCAAUUGCUGGUGGACGUUUCGUCCUCGAAAUUAUCACCGGCCAAAUAGUCCGCAAGAUGGCGAGAGUCGUAUUUGGUACAACUUUUCGGAAAUUUUGGCUUGAAAUGCUCUUCAUAUUUGUGCGUAUUAUAAGCCUGGUAUCUUUGAUGAGUUUUUAUAUCUAAAUACCAAGGAAAAACAUCACUUAAAACCUAAAACCAAUUUGACAAAAAAACGAAAAUGUAAAAAAUGAAAUCAAGGACAACUAUACCUAUGAAUAGUGGAACAUGAUUUGUAAACGUGAACGAUUUUUAUCAAAAUAAACAUUCAAAUUUAAUACCAAUAUAUGUAUACGGUCUUUUCGCAUGGACAAGUGCCCACACAAUAUGUCACGCUCUAAAUCGCCUCGAGAUGAGAACACGUGUGAAUAAAUGAGUGUUUCAGACUCUGAAGCAUUAUGGGAAAAUGUUUCCAAAACCUUUUGAUUGGUUUACAACAUCAUAAACAAUGGAAAUUUAGUCAAUGACGCUAUUUUGUUAGGGGUACGGAAAAUGAAAUGAUCAAUAAUAUUUUACAUUCCGAAAAAGGCUAAAGAUCUUAAAUCAAUAUCUUGAUCUUUUUCGACAAAACAUCAAAAACAAGAGCGAUAUCAUUAGAUCUAAAAGACAGAAGCACAACAACAUUUAACCAGUUUAAAUUUUAUCUUUGAAAGAAUUCCCUUCGUAUUAUUUUAGUUUGUAUAUAGAUUGUUUAGAUAAAGAGUGAUUAUUGAAAAAUAAAAUUAAAAUGUAUAGCAACGAAUAAAAAUAUAUGCUUUUGAAUAUUGUAUAGAAUUAAAAAACGGAAUAAACUGAAAUGAUUAAAACUAAAAUAAUAAAAGAACCAGCCAUUAUAUGAGGUUUGUCAGACGCAAGUUUUGUCUAUAUAUAACUCAAUACAAGAAAGACGUUAUUAUGUAUUGUUUCCUUUCUAUUUAGAUGAUACAGACAAUAUUACCACAAUAUCACCACCUGGUCCAUUUGUUGAUGGAGAAAGCGUUGAUUUCAAGUGUUGUGUUCGAAAAAUAGACAUUCCAAACACUAAUCUGUCAUUUCAGUGCCAUGGAGAACUCAUUACACAAGAAAUUGAUAAGUUUACUUGUCUAAAUGUAAAUGUAUCAAUUGAUAUAGACAAGAAUAGUUCAAAAUGUACGUGUACAGUUCAGUCGAAGGAUAUGAGCAUUGAUCUAAGCUCUGAACUUGAUCUGGUAAUUAGCCAAUAUGACCCAUUAUUCGAAUCAUCCUCAGUUACCAACGUUGUCUUUGGUAACACAACAACAAUAGCAUGCCGUGUACCUGGAUUACAAUACCCUUUUGCCUUUGGACGCUGGAAAUAUAAGAAUGGAAAAGAAGAGAAAAGUGUUAUAGGAUCAACUAGCUCAAAUGAAACAACACUCUUAACAGUCAAUAAUAGCACUUACGAAGAAAUUGGGACAUACUAUUGCACAGUGGUUGAUGUCAGGAAAAAUGAUAGUAUUGUAGCAAACACAUCGACAGAGUUAUACGUACAAGGACCAAUUAUUCUGAAGAGAAUUCAUACCGAACACGUUAACACCACACUAUGUUCGAUUACGAUAACUUUUGAAAGCUUUCCAGACAUAAAAAUUGAUUCCUUGUGGACAAACAAUAGACAGGUCCAAUUUCGACAGGGUACAUUAAAUAGUUUUGUAAUGCAAGAAAUGGACAAAUUAAGUACUGAACAGGAAGGAGUCAUUAACUUUAAGGAUUGUCUGUCAAGUAAUGUUUAUGGAUUGAUUGUUUCGAAUGGUUUCGUUUCAAAGACAGUUUACUUUAAUUUAACAGGGGAGCUGUUUAACAUAUCCCCAAUGUUAAAAAUUGAUGGAGGGGACGAUGGACAUUUUAUAGAUGGAAAACAAGCAUCGAUUACGUGUUACGAUAUCAUCAAAUCAGAAGCGAGUAGUCUGGAUUUAUCAUGUGACAAUAUAACCAACAUAGAACAGGAAGUGAAUGACGACGCUACAUUAAUUAAAAAUGUAUUUACUGCCGACAUAAAGAAUGAUGAUACUAUAUGUAGAUGUAUUUCUAACAAAUCUAACAGCGAGUCAAUGUUGACUGUUCACAUAUUCCCUUACAAAGGACAUAAUGUAUCACAUGGAAAAGACGUGUGUGAAAGUAAUUCAGAGAUAAAACUCACCUGUCAAGAAGAAAACUUACCAGACUUAUUUCACUUUGGAAAAUGGAUCCACCAUUAUAAUGAUGUAGAAAUACGUCAAAUGGAUGGAUUUUCCUCAGGGAAACAGACGUUUAUCCAGAUACCUUUCUGUACAUAUGAAGAUAUAGGGAACUACACAUGUACCGUUACUGAUUCAAGGAAGAACACAACUGUUUUGAAUUCAACCACUUUUCUAAGUGUACCAGGUCCACCUGUUAUUGUAAACAGCUCUGUAGUGAAGCAUACUUCAAAAGCAGAAUGCUUACUUAGCGUUGAAUUUUAUUCUUUUGAUGAAAAAUCAGCAGUUACUUGGUAUAAGAAUGGAAGAGUAAUACAUUCAUCAGAACACCAAAGACCAAAUGUAAAAGCAACCACUCAUUCUGUAAAUAUGCAUAAUAUUGAAGUUCCAGUAAAGGCGAAAAUUGCAACACUUCAACUGAAACCAGGAUGCGAUGUGGAUACGUCUAUAUAUCGCCUUACUGUGAAAACAAACAAUUUCUCAACAUCUCAUACUUUUGAAAAAGAUGGACAUAAUGUUUCACAUAGAAAAGACGUGUGUGAAAGUAAUUCAGAGAUAAAACUCACCUGUCAAGAAGAAAACUUACCAGACUUAUUUCACUUUGGAAAGUGGAUCCACCAUUAUAAUGAUGUAGAAAUACGUCAAAUGGAUGGAUUUUCCUCAGGGAAACAGACGUUUAUCCAGAUACCUUUCUGUACAUAUGAAGAUAUAGGGAACUACACAUGUACCGUUACUGAUUCAAGGAAGAACACAACUGUUUUUAAUUCAACCACUUUUCUAAGUGUACCAGGUCCACCUGUUAUUGUAAACAGCUCUGUAGUGAAGCAUACUUCAAAAGCAGAAUGCUUACUUAGCGUUGAAUUUUAUUCUUUUGAUGAAAAAUCAGCAGUUACUUGGUAUAAGAAUGGAAGAUUAUUACAUUCAUCAGAACACCAAAGACCAAAUGUAAAAGCAACCACUCAUUCUGUAAAUAUGCAUAAUAUUGAAGUUCCAGUAAAGGCGAAAAUUGCAACACUUCAAUUGAAACCAGGAUGCGAUGUGGAUAUGUCUAUAUAUCGCCUUACUGUGAAAACUGAACAUUUCUCAACAUCUCAUACCUUUGAAAAAGAUGAUAACACAGUACACACAGUGUUGAUAAUUUCACUAUUAUUAGCAACAGGAAUUGUCAUCACAGGUCUAAUUAUAAUAAUAUGUAGAGCAACUAAAGGAAGAAAAAAGAAAUUCCGGUUCAAUAGAAAAAGUCUGUAUACUAGUAAUGCUGUGGUGGGACGACGAAUUGAUACCCAGUUUUAUGAAGAAAUAGAUAUGUUUAUUGAGAAUCUAAGACAAGGAGAUGAGGAAACCACACCGCAUAAUAGAUAUACAUUGACAGAAAAUGAAUAUGAGCAGAUACCAUUUGAUAGAAACUGAAUGUUUUGGAAAAACCAUGAAAUGUAUUGCUUCUGUAUACAAUUGAAAAACUUAUAGUUGUUUUAUCAAAGUAUCAUUAAACUAUUUCGAGAUUACAUUAACAUAGGAUUUAUAAAAAUAAGAAGAUGUGGUAUGAUUGCCAAUGAGACAACUCUCCACAAGAGACCAAAUGACACAGAAAUUAAAAACUAUAGGUCACCGUACGGCCUUCAACAGUGAGCAAAACCCCAUACCGCAUAUUCAGCUAUAAAAGGCCCCGAAAUGACAAAUGUAAAACAAUUCAAACGAGAAAAACUAACGUUUGUUUAUUAUCUUGAACAUUUCUAAUGUAAACUAAAUAUGUUAAUAUUCUAAGAUAAAACUUAGCCAGGAACUGCAUUUAUGUGCUGAGUAUUGAGUUUGUAGAAACAAGUAAAAAAGUAUAACAAAAAACUUAACUCCAGGCAAAUUCAAAAAGUGCAAGUCCAUGAAAAUUAACCACUUUCAAUCAACAGAACAAGUGAAAAACAACUGCAUAUUCCUGACUUGGCACAGGCAUUUUCCGAAAGAAAUGGUGGUUAAACCUGGUUUUAUAGCUAGCUAAACAUCCCACUUGUAUGACAGUUGUUUAUAGUUCCGUUAUAUUGACAAAAUUGGGUAAGCAACCCAAACAACCAUUAUAGGUUAAUGUGACAAUAAUUGGGACCCAGCAGCCAAAACUUUGUAAACAUACGUCGCAGACAUACAUCACAACUGAUUAAAAAAUUCAAACGAUUAUAUAAAUCAAUCUAACAAAGACGCCAACAAAAAUGGUGUAGUAGAUAGUAAUAAACUCAUCAUAGAUGACAAGAUUAAAAUUGUGUACGCCAGACGCGCGUUUGUCUACAAAAGACUAAUCAGUGACGUAUAUUUGACGACGUUUUCAACUUCGUAUUCAACUUUGCAAAGACCCUUUCCUAUAGGAACUUUCCGUUCAAAGUGUUUAAGCAAAGAGAGAUAACUCAAAAUUUGUUUUUAUUCCUAUCUGGAAUAAAUGGCACUUUUCUUUUAUAGAAUGUUUCUUCAAAUUAGUUUCUGCAAAGAAUGAAGGAAAUUUACAUUGAUUGAUAUUCAAUUGUUUUAUUUAUUCAAGAAAUAUUUUUUUGUUUGUAUGAAUUAUUAAUAUGCAGUAAAAUGUAUCACAUCAGUAAAGUCUUACUGUCUUGUUUUCAAAAUGAUACAUUAUGUUAUAAUGCACUUUGGUUAAACAAACAUUAAAAAUAAAUCUGCUAAAAUUCUCCAGCUAUUUUGAAACCAUGUGAAACUAAUUGAGCAAAUGCAAUUAUAUCCACUUUUCUUACUUAAUACAACGAAAUAAGCACAAUGUUUUUCAUGUACUGAAUUGAGCAGUGACCACAUCAAAUUUUAACAUCAAAUACAAAAAAUCUAUAUAGUAUCUAAGGAUAUCAUAAAAUUAAAAUAUACCGCACAUAAAUACAUGUAUAGUAGAGCACAGUGACUUCAAAAUGGUUGUGCUCCGUACUUAAUUUACAUACUAUUCAUAUCAAGUUUAGCUCAUUGUUACUUAUAAUUAUAAAACUAGAAAAAAAUACCUUUUUAAUGUUUCCAAUAUGCUAUGAAAUCAUUUUGUUUUAUAAAUGGUAUUGUAAUGUUUAAAGUUAAUUAAAAUAUUAUACAUACUUACGAAUUGUAUGAUAAAUACUGAAGAUCUGGUGUCAUAUAGAUUUAACAGUCAAGGAGCACCAUCAUGAAAAGCACCUGUGAACAAAAUAUUUCUUUUUUAUCAAAGCAUGAUUUGUUUAAUGUCUACAUCAUUGUUUAAAACUAUACUACAUAUGAAAUAUUUACUUGUGAUACAUGCAUAUUUGGAAAUGUAAAAAUAUAAUAGAUUUGUCUUUUGUGUAUUAUCUCCUUUUCAAAAUAUGCUAAAAAUAAAUGGAGAUUUAAUA